UUUUCCUUUCCUACAAUUUGGUCUUGCCUACACUUUCAAAUUGUUUUUCAUUCUAUUUUCUAAUUUUCGAUCGGUAUUCAAAAUUAACGUCUCCUCUGGCGCUUUGCCGAUUUCUGGGCCCCAAAGACAUUAAGAUCAAACAUGCCAGUGCAUCCGGAGGUCGAGAAUGCGAUCAAGGGAUUCCUGCUCGACCAGGAGAAGAUGGCCGAGGUGGUGGAGCGCAUGACCAAGGAGAUGAAGAUGGGCCUGGCGAAAGACACACAUCCGAGGGCGGUGAUCAAGUGCUUUGUGAGUUACGUUCAGGAUUUACCGACUGGCAAGGAGCGGGGCAAGUGCCUCGCCCUUGAUCUGGGCGGCUCCAAUUUCCGAGUGCUCCUUGUAGUCUUAAACGGCGAAGCUGGGGUGGACAUCCAAUCCAAGAGCUAUGUGUUUCCCAGCACGCUGAUGACAGGAACCGCAGAUGAGUUGUUCGAUUUCAUAGCCGCAAGCCUGGGAGACUUUUGCAUUGAGAAUGGCCUAGAGAACGAGUCGCUGCCAUUAGGAUUCACCUUCUCGUUUCCGUGCCAACAGAAGGGCAUCAACAAAGGAACACUGGUGUCCUGGACCAAGGGCUUCAAUGUCCCCGGAGUCGUGGGAAAAAACGUAGUCGAAUUGCUGCAGCAGGCCAUAGAGCGACGAGGCGAGGUGAGGAUCAACAUCGUGGCCAUUCUCAACGACACCGUGGGCACCCUCAUGUCCUGCGCCUACCACAACCGCAACUGUAGGAUUGGACUGAUUGUGGGCACCGGAACAAAUGCCUGCUACGUGGAGAAGACGGUGAAUGCCGAGUGCUUCGAGAACUACCAGACCAGCCCCAAGCAGUCGAUGAUCAUUAACUGUGAGUGGGGCGCCUUUGGGGACAACGGAGUGCUGGAGUUUGCAAGGACCUCCUACGACAAGAUAGUGGACAAGGUGACCCCGAAUCCCGGUAGACAGACAUUCGAGAAGUGCAUUUCCGGAAUGUACAUGGGCGAGAUAGUUAGGCUGAUUGUGGUCGAAAUGAUUGCCAAGGGAGUCAUGUUCCAUGGCGAGACCUCGCAGAAAAUCCAAAAUCGAUGGGCCUUUCAGUCGGCCUAUCUCUCGGACGUCGAGAGCGACGCGGUUGGUGAAUAUCGUCAUACCAACAAAGUGAUUCGCGAUAUGGGAUUCAUGGGGAAUAACGAAGCGGACAAAAUCAACUUACGCCGAAUCUGCGAGGCCGUCUCCUCCCGAUCCGCCAAGCUCUGCGCCUGCGGCCUGGUAACCCUCAUUAACAAGAUGAACAUCAACGAGGUGGUGGUCGGCAUCGAUGGCAGUGUCUACCGCUACCAUCCCAAGUACCAUGACAUGCUGACCAUGUACAUGAAGCAGCUUCUGAAGCCGGGCGUAAAGUUCGAGCUCACCGUCUCGGAGGAUGGGUCUGGCAAGGGAGCCGCCCUAGUGGCAGCCACUGCGGCCCAAUCUAAGUAAUUCCAAAUUUUAUUAGUUUUUUAGGGUAAUUCUAUUUUUAAAUAUGGC